CAGUACAUGUACGACGCCGGCGACGACGCGCUGAUCCUGUCGCACCCGACCACGUUCGAGCAGCUGGAGGUGUCGGGCGAAACUUUCGGCGCGCAACGACGGUUCCUCGCCGACGGCGCGUUCGUCGACGUGCUGUCGCACGACGGCGAGGUCGUCGGCGUCCAACUCCCGGACGAGAUCCGCGCGACCGUGGUCGAGACCGACCCGCGGUUUAAGGGCGAGAGCAAGGACGGCGGGAGGCUCAAGCCGUGCACGUUGGACACCGGGGCGACGACGCGAGUGCCGACGUACGUGGAAGCGGGCGACGUCGUCGUCGUCAAGGGGCCGCGCACGGGCGCGUUGGGGGAGUUCGUGCGGCGCGUGCGCGAGUCGUGA